AUGACCGUGUCGGCGAACAUCUCCAUGUUAGGCUUGGAGGAUGCAGCAGAAGCCGAAGACGAGGAGACCAUGAUCGAGCUCCUGCAAGCUGCACAGAGCAGGGAAGGUCCACUGAUGCUGGUGGUGGGGAAGCCUGCGUGGGCCUCCGUGGCAGCUGGCCUUGAACUCCGGCGGAAGCCCUUUCUGGUGGACUCCUCGGUGUCGCAGUCCGCCGCGGCGUGUCACUGCGCCCUCACGGCUCAGACGCGCGGUGCGGCGAUCGUCCUGCUCGCGGUCCUGGGCGUGGUGUCCGAAGAGGUUUGUGAUGGGUCAGGCUGCGACGAGACGUCCUACCUGCAGUUGCAACAUCAGAUGAACGCCACGAAGACCUCCCGCUUGGCCCAGACGCGCACGGUCAUGGGUGAGAGCCUCUACUGGCAAGGCUAUGGCAUGCAGCUCUGGAGCUACUUCAUUGGCAUUCUAGGCCACGACGACGUGACCUUCGGCGGCGUCACGGCCCCCGCGCGCGUGGGCAUGAACAUGAUCGGGAACGCGCCUUUGGGAAACAUGUACCAAUCGGUCACGACGGAUGCUGGCAUCCUGGGCCUGCUGCCCGGCUGCUUCUCGGGGCAGUGCCGGGGCAAGAGCGACUUCGAUGACUUGAUGACGACCAUGGCGCAACAAGGGAAGAUCGAUCGCGCCUUCACCAUGUGCUUCGACGACAGCGCGGAAGGUGGCGGUAUGCUCUACCUGGGCAAGCCCAGCAAGUUGCCGGCCACCGCUCAGAAGAUCCCAAUGCCACCGCUGGACGGCAACAUGGCCAUGUAUUCGCCUCUCGCCAGCUUCAACGACCACGAAGAUGUGCAGUUUUACUACAACAGCAAGCAGAUUGGCACCCAGAAGGCGAAGGACUGGAACUACUACAUGGGACAGGGCUAUGGCUUCUCAGACACCGGCACUCCGGGCUUCAUGAUGGCACCCUCCCUGUGGUCUGCAGUCGUUGAGGGACUCAAGCAGGCGAUUUCGGCGGAUGCCUCCUGUCAACGUGUUUGGGGCUAUUCCUUGCAGAGCUUGAGCGGCUACUACGCCAGCGACGUCACCGUCUCCAAGGCCGCGGCGGACUGCGCCACGCAGUACCUGGGCGACUUCGUCGUGAAGCUGGGCCCAGACUCCAGCUUUAGCGUCUCGAAGAAGUCCUUCUUCUACGAGACCGAGCCCUGCUCUGGGAAGUUCAAGAUCUCCUGGGGCAGCAGUGGAGGAGACUACAUGCUUUUGGGCACUUCCUUCAACUAUGGCAAGACCAUUCUGUAUGACACCAGCGAUUUGAGCAAGCCUCAGCUGGUGAUGUUGGGAUCGGCCGACGGCUGCAAGGUGAACUACGGCGCGGCCAAUACCAAGCCCAUCCCCAUGAAGGGCGUGGCAGGCCAAGUGCUGGGCAUGGACGGCACCAUUACCGCCCAGCUGUCGAUCGGCACGCCCGCGCAGACGGUGGAUGUGCAGCUGGACACUGGAUCGCAGAAGCUGAUGGGAAUUCACCAGGCCUGCCGAAAUCUGGGUGAUUGCUUCCUGGUGCAGCCCGAGGGUGGCGGUCGGGUCUCAGUCUUCCAAGGACCGGACUACCACACCAGUCAAUGCCAAGAGCAGAUCGGCACCAUGGAUCGCAUCCUCUCUCAGGAGAACUGCCAAGGUGGAGGUGAUGGUCGCAUGCUGUGCAGCUGCAGCAGCCAAGAAGAGUGCAUGAAGCUGGUCUUGAAGACAGCCGCUGAGAACCUCGUACCCAACAAGAUUUGCGCCAUCACUCGCAAGAUGUGCGGAGCACAGGUGUCCUUCCAUCCGGAGUAUUCCUCCAGCUUUUCGCUCCUUGGAGAGGAGGAACGGAAAACAAGGUGCAAAGAGGAGCGGUUGGAAGCAUCGUUGGGCCCGAUGUCCAUUGGUGGAUCGGCUUAUGUGCUCUGA